UCAAAGUGCAUCGUCAUUCUAAUUCGGCUAGUUAGACGAUGAUCAUGCCGAACUUCGCGACAUUUUUAUUAUUACUUUUCGGGAUCCUAUCCACCCAGUUUGUUAACGCGGAAUUCAGAAAAACCUUCUCGAAAAACUGUGAUAAAAGUUACACCCUAACCUGCCUGAAACUGGACAUAGUCACCUGGGUCGACAAACUAAACACCAUCGAAGGUUACAGUGUUCUACCCGGUAUAUCUAUAGUGCGCGAAAACAACGCUAGUGCUGACAUAAACGUGACGGAAACAGUCACAAACCUAGCCAGGGAAUUCCCUAAUGAUCCUGACGCAAGACUUGAUGCUUUCCUUCUCAAAAAAGUGUCAGGGUUUAUCGAAAAUCACUCGAUAAGGUUAAAACUCUGGAAUGAAAACACCGACGGUUCUACAGCUCGUAAAGGAGGCGGAGGAGGAGGUUUUGGAGGAGGCGGUGGAGGUGGAGGUGGUAAAGGAGGAAAAGGAGGUGAUGGUGGGAUGGGCUACAUCCUCGCAGCUGGAGCUAUGAUGAAAGGAACACUGAUGGCAAUGGCUAUGGCCGGAUUAGCUGCGAUGGCAGGAAAAGCUUUGAUGGCUUCUCUAAUUGCGUUAAUGUUGGCAGCUCUAUCAGGGCUAAAAGGAAUGGGAGGUGGAGGUAAAACAACGUAUGAAGUUGUAGCAAAACCGGUGUACACUCAAUCUUCUUCCCAUUCGGUGUCGCAUGAAGAUUAUGGUCAUGGGCAUUCGGGAUAUGGAAGGAGUUUAGACCAGCCGUUGCCUUUGGCGCUUCAACCCGGAUACUAUCCAGAUCAUUAAGUUACUUUUGAAUUAGAUGCCAGUUUAUUUA